AUGAUGGAAACCACGAUGUAUGGCUUUGCCAUUUUCAUCCGCCACUCGAGCUUCACGCAAGGUGGUAACUUUCAGCUUGCUACAUUCAUCCAGGGAGAAAAUUGGGAGAUGCUCGACCGAGUAGAUGAUGUUCCAUUGAUGCCAUUUGCAAGUAGUGUGAACCUUUUUGCCGAGGCAGCUUCUGCAGAGGCCUUUGUCGCGCCAAUGUUACCAUUUGCUCUUACAGGGAAAACUGCAAGCGUGCGUAUCUUAUUACGGCCGAUGGUGUCAGAUUCGCUCAUAUGGCAGAAAGUCUCCUGGCGCGUGUUUGCUCCACACACAUACGUUUGGGACUUUGCGAGCUACAACUUUUUCUUCAGGCAUUCACAAGUUCCGGGCAGCGACACGGAUCUUCCGAUCGUGAAGAUACCAUCUAUGCCACGGACAUCGCCACUGAAUUUGCUGGUCUUUCAAGGUGCAGAUGAAGCCUCUCCUGGCUGGGUCCACAAUUCUACAUAUGGCUUUCGUGCUGCUGUACAAGUUCCCACACAAACACCGCGUCACUCCGUCAACGAGUGGGUCGUUGAGUGGGGCUUUGGAGAAGAGCUUUCUCGCGCUGGAGCGAUCGCACAAGGACAAGAGGUGCGUGCCAUUCACAGCUUUCAAGUUUGGUGCAUGGGAAGCAGGGUGCGAGGACACCAUAGUCAGAUCUUGUUGGAGUUUGGCAUGGAGACGGAGGUUGGGCCUGAGGGCAUGCUGAAGCUCAGGACGCCGGAAGGCUUCGCUUUGGAGCUCUGGGAAAUCAGCUCACAACCCUUGCGAUGUGAGCCCUUCACACCCCUCGCGGUGUUUCUAGCUCUCCCGGUCGACAAUUCAAGUUCUACAUUGCUUCUCAAGACAGAGCAAAGCAUACGGGCUGGUCGAUGGUGCUUCGCGAUUGCUGGUCCUUUGCCAGAGGAGGCGACAUCUCCAGUUGUGGUGACAUCCUUUGUUUUGGAAAGUCUUGUCACGGAGCAGGAUGUGGCUGACGUUGCAGCAGUAACUGAAGGCUUCCACAUCAGUCGGGCGCUGGCCUUUGCUGGACUUGUGAACACUGUGGACUACUUUCUGUCAGGUCGUGAUGACCAUCCUGAGAAGGCUUCAAGGUUGAUCUUUGCAUUCGAGUUGCAAGAAAGGCCAAAAGUCAUUGGCAACUUCAAGAUCGAAGUUAUUGCUCCGACAGACUACACCUUCCACAAAGCAUGUUCAGUGCGAACAGGCAUUGAUAUAUUUGGCCCAGCCGGCUAUCCAGCUCUUCUUAGCCCGUUUGAGGCUAGUGUCCAAGUCUUGCACUGCAGCGGCUACCGGAACAUAGCUAAGAUGGAGGUGACCCCGGGCCUUCAUGCUGGAAGGCGAUAUGCCUUUUCACUUCGUGUUGACGCUCAACCAGACUCGACGCCAGAGCAGGUGCUCAACGUCUGGUACUUGAAUGUAGCUGAUGAGGCAACAGCAGCGCCGAUUCCAGGCUACACCUUGUGGUCCUUUUUGAAUUUGGAACUUGGUAUGCUGGUGCAAACCGUCAACACUGAGAAUGAGGUUACCAUACUCUUUCAACCGACAAACACGAUCACCAGCAAGGAUCACUUGGAAGUCGAAGCACCUCAAGGAUUCUCAGUGUCGUCCGGCUGUGAGGCUCAGGUGCAGCAGCUUAGCCUUGACAGCCACAGCAAGGAAUUGGACAUAGAUUUGCCGGGUAUUGUGUGCACUGGGCAACAGCCGCCCACAAAUCACUUUCAGGUGCACCAUGCUGCCUUGCUGGCUGGAGGCGUGCGCUACAGACUUUCCGUGCUGGUGUGGAACCCCACAAGUAGCAGCUCUUCGGGAUCCUGGCUGCUGCGGAGCUAUCGCGAGGAUGGCCAACUCCUGGAUGUCGGGGAGAUCCCUUCGCUCGCCUUGUCGAGAAGCUUUAACCACUUUGAGGUGGCUUUCCGGGCACGGAGUGAUGAACUUUCAGUUAUGAUCGCUAUUGAGCUUCCACAGGUGCACCCGUUGGACUCGCUCAUCAUUGUCGCACCAGACGGCUUCAGCUUUGAGGAUUCAAGCGGAUCCACAUGCAGAGUGGAGGGUUUGCAAGCACUUCCUACACCUCGAUGUAGAGGCCCUGAACUUCACUUUGAAUUUACCUCGCUGAUCUCAGGCCAUUUCAAUUUUUGGGCCCACUCCGCUUGGCCGACUCAAUCUUUGUCAGGCCAGGAUGCCUUCACUGCGCGCUUGGAGAAUGGCAACUCCAUCUUGGCCAGUGGCCGCGCACCACUUCAACAGCCCUUUGCUCCGCGGUUCCGAAACUUUACAUUGCAGAGAAGCCACAUUUGGGCGCAAGCUCUGUCCAGCGCGGGAAAGGUCAGGCUUACCUUCAUGCCACAGCAGGAUGCCGAGGUGAUAGAACUGGUAUCACGGCUUGAGCGUCAAAAUCUGGGCCUCAAUCUGGCAGUGGCCGAGGUGAUCAGCGGGCUUGUGAUGGAGGUGUUCCAUCCCAGUCCCAUGCGCAUUUUGCUCGCUGGGCUAUUCACAAAGUCUGUCCUGGUGGAGUUAGUGCUUGACACCAUUAAUCCAGAGGCCACAGGUCAUGUCUACUGGACUUUGCGGUCUUUCUCACGGCCAAGGCCAAAAGGCGCCUUGGUGACUGCUGAGCAGGCAGCUCAGGGCCCACUGGCUGCAGCUAUGGCAGCAGGGCAGGUGCCGAAUCACAGUGGGGUGAGCAGUAGUCCAUGGCAACCGUCUUUUGAAGAAGUCUUGAAGUGGCUACAUCCUUGGCAGAGCAUAGAAUGA